CAGCGGUCGUCACCCGGUUGGGCUUGACAAGUGUUUUACAACCGCCGAGCUCGCCUCUCAGCUUGUCGGGAGGCACCCCGUGUCGGUGAAGGUCCCGAAGUAUAGAGUGUCCCCUUCCCUCCCCACCCUUUCGCUAUCCGGAACAGAGGGGCACCGACGUCAAAACUUUCUCUCCAACUUCGCCAAGUCGAUGUCGGUGACAAGCGGCGGUAUUUUUAGUUGUGGCCGUCAUCGAGCUGUGACUGGCUGGCUGCGGGCUUGUUAUAAAGGACGCGCGCCUCGACAUGCAGCUUUACAACAGCGCCUUGACGCACUUCCCGAGAUCGUCCAGCAAAGUCACCAUCGCUUUAUCCGGCGGAACCGCCACGCCGCCUGAGGAAGACUCACCUGGACCGAGCCAGCCAGACGUGACUGCUCCUUCCGCAAACAUGCCUGCUUUUUCUUGCUACGAAGCCUCCCCCUCCUCGAGGCUCAGGCCUGUUUAUUUCACAUCCACUGCCGAGUUACUUAUACGAAGAGCGGACGGAGUGGAGAGGACGGUACCGGUCCAAAUCACCAGGGUUUCCAAGCCCCCAUCCCCUGACGACGAACUGGUCGACUUUAUCGAUGGACUUGUUCUCGAGGACCCCCCGGAGAGUCUUCUGUUUGCGAAUGAGGCGAGGAGUAACAGGUUGGUGCCCGAAGAAGAGCCUUGUGGCGAUGCACCAGAACCCCUCCUGAGCGAUGAGGGGGCAACAUCCGACUUUGAGUUGAGUGUCCUGCAGGAGCAAAGUGUCGACGACAAGGUGGCCCGCGAUGACAAGGUGGCCCGCUACUUGGCCGAGGUGGAAACGCAGAAUAAGUACCUCCGUGAGAGACGCAAGUUCCGUUACCACAUCAUCCCGGAUGGUAACUGUCUCUACCGAGCUGUGUGCAAAGCCACAUACGGGGACCAGGCGGGGCACGGCGAGCUGCGGGAGCGCACGGUGCAUCACAUCGCCGACCACCUGGACCAGUUCAAUCCGGUGAUCGAGGGCGACGCCGGCGAGUUCCUCAUCAACGCGGCGCAGGACGGCGCUUGGGCCGGAUACCCCGAACUUCUCGCGAUGAGCCAAAUGCUCAACGUCAACAUCCACCUGACCACAGGGGGCAGCGCCGAGAGCCCCACAGUGUCCACCAUGGUGCACUUCCUGGGCGAGGAGGACCCGUCCAAGCCAGCCGUCUGGCUGAGCUGGCUGAGCAACGGACACUACGACGUGCUCAUGGACACCUGCGCGGACAACCCCGAAUACGAGGACUGGUGCCGACACUCGCAGAUGCAGAGGAGACGGGAUGAGGAGUUGGCCAAAUCCAUGGCGGCAUCCCUGUCCAAAAUGUACAUUGAGAAAAACGGGGCUGUGUAAAUGCAGAGUGACUGUUUGGUUUGUGCCUUAAGUGAUACGAAUUUUUAUAUCUAUAUAUAAAAUGUAUGAGCUUUAACCAAGUGCUGUGCACAUAUUUGACUGUUUGCUACUAUGGUGACUUGAGUGGAUGUAAUUUUAUGCCAGUUCAGAAGGUGUUUUUUUUGGGGGGGGGGGGUUGUUGUCACAAAUAACUGAUGAUUAUUUUUUUGGAGCAUUGCGACUGUUUUCACCCUCAAAUAGCUCUCGCAGAACUUUUUUUUGGAAAAUUCCUAAAUAAAUCUUGAAUAUGUUUUGGGAAAUCUUAAACUUUCCUUGAACUAAUAGAACAAAAAAAUGCAGAUUUCUUUUUUUCUCCAUGAAUCCAUCUGAUUCGUAAAAAAAAAAAAAAAAAAAAAACCUUCUGGAAUGUACAAGACCAUUCCAUUGAAUGCUUUUCCAAAUAUGAUUCAAAGAAAUCCUACCUUCCUCAAGUAAAUAAUUAUCUCAAACGUACUACUUUUUAAAAAAUGAAUAUGAUGAUGCGUUUUUUUUUUUGCUGGAGGGAUUAUGGGAUUUUUUUUAAAUGAAUAUGACUGCAGUUUUGUUUUUUUUUUUUUUUUUGCCGGGGCGGUAUGGGAUCAUAAUACGACUUUAUAAUCUAUAUAUAAUAUUUAUAUAUCAUGUCUUUAUCAUGACUACUCUUUCUAAAAUGAAAAUCAGAAAAUACAAAACAAAUCCAACCAUCUUGAAAAAUACUUUUUCCUCGAACGGAAUUAAAAUAUAUAUAUUUUCAGUGUGGCUUUAACCCUUUUAUGCACCCUGUAACCUGAUCAUAUGAUGAGCUGUCCACUGUAGUAACCGCUGGGUUAACAUAACUAAAACGCGACAUAUUUCUUGCCGUGCAGCUUUUGAAUGCUUGGGACCGAAAAUUCUGUAAACUGCUUUGAAUGAUCACGAAGCAGGCGCACAUUUUAAUGGCAGAGUGCCUUUUAUUUUAUUAUUUUUUGAAUUCAAGUUUGUUACUAUAGCUCUAUGUGAAGAUGUAUAUCCUCGAUGAUGUGUUUGACUAAGAUGACCUUUCAGCUGACAAUGUUCAAGAAUGCUUUCUCGAAUGCCCGAGUGGGUGCGGUCAUCGCUAUCUAGUUGACAACAGUCACAUCCGGGGACUUUUCGAACAUUUUUUUUUAUUUCUCUCUGCAAUCAUUGCACAAUAAAAAGUGUAUUUAUAUGUGA